CUAAGCUUGCUGACAUUGAAGACACUGAUGGGGAGGGCACUCGCCAUUUCAUGGUCAAUGUCAUUGAACCACAAUUCAAUCUUCACUCAGAAGAUGCAAAUGGUAGAUUUCUGUUAGCGGCUGUGAGUGGCCGUGUUUUGGCUCGCUCAUUCCAUUCAGUUCUUUCCAUUGGCUAUGAAGUGAUUAAACAAGCUCUAGGUGGAGGAAAUGUUCAAAUUCGUGAAUCUCAACCUGAAAUGACAUGGAAUCGCAUGGAGUACUCUGUGAUGUUAGAACAUGUACAGGCACAUGUUGCCCCAACUGACGUAGAUCCAGGGGCUGGACUGCAGUGGCUUCCUAAAAUUCGAAGCUCACCGAAAGUGAAGCGCACUGGAGCUUUACUGGAGAGAGUUUUUAUGCCUUGUGAUAUGUAUUUCCGCUAUACUAGGCAUAAAGGUGGAACAGCCGACUUAAAGGUGAAGCCUUUGAAGGAGCUUUCAUUCAAUUCACAUAAUAUAACAGCAACAAUGACAUCCCGCCAGUUCCAAGUUAUGCUAGAUGUGUUGACCAAUCUUCUAUUUGCCCGGCUUCCAAAGCCUCGGAAAGUUAGUCUGUCGUAUCCGGCAGGUGACGAUGAAGAUGUUGAAGAGGAGGCUGACGAAGUUGUACCUGAUGGUGUUGAAGAGGUAGAACUGGCAAGAGUGAACCUUGAACAGAAGGAAAGAGUGCAGAAGUUGAUCCAGGAUGAUAUUAGGAAGUUGUCUCUUUAUAAUGAUACAUCUGCCGACAGGAACUCGGUAAAGGAAGACGACCUUUGGAUUAUUAGUGGUGGAAGGUCCAUAUUGGUGCAAAGACUGAAGAAAGAGCUAGUAAAUGCUCAAAAAUCUAGAAAAGCGGCAUCUGCUUCUCUCAGGGUGGCUCUACAGAAAGCUGCACAACUCCGAUUGAUGGAGAAAGAAAAGAACAAAAGUCCUUCUUGUGCUAUGCGCAUCUCUUUGCAAAUUAAUAAAGUGGUUUGGAGCAUGCUCGUGGAUGGUAGAUCAUUUGCUGAAGCUGAGAUAAAUGACAUGAUAUAUGAUUUUGACCGUGACUACAAAGAUGUCGGGGUUGCUAAAUUCACAACUAAAUACUUUGUUGUGAGAAACUGCUUACCAAAUGCCAAGUCUGAUAUGCUUCUAUCUGCAUGGAAUGCUCCUGCUGAAUGGGGAAAAAAAGUGAUGCUUCGGGUAGAUGCUAAGCAGGGGGCUCCAAAAGAUGGAAACUAUCCUCUUGAACUAUUCCAGGUGGAGAUUUACCCCUUAAAGAUACAUUUGACUGAGACGAUGUAUAGAAUGAUGUGGGAGUACUUUUUUCCAGAAGAAGAACAAGACUCCCAGCGCCGGCAGGAAGUUUGGAAGUUUUCCACUACUGCUGGUUCCAGGCGUACAAGGAAAGGCUCAUCAAUGCAGGAAGCACCAAUGUCAAGUAGCCAUCUAACUAAAGAUCCUCAGGUCUCUGCCAAAUCCAGCACUUCUGCAUUACCAGUUACAUUGGCAAAUCAGUUUUCCUCCUCUGCUGAUUCCUCUCAAGGGUCAAAGUUGCAGAACUUAAAAGCUAAUAUUGUUUGUGGUUCAACCCCUGAGCUAAGACGAACGUCAUCCUUUGAUAGAACAUGGGAAGAAAAUGUUGCUGAAUCUGUUGCUGAUGAACUUAUGCUGCAAAUGCACUCCUCAAGUGCUGCUUCUUCAACAAAUGGGCCCUUUGCUGGUGUUGAGCAGCCAGAUGAAGGUAACAGAACCAAAUCCAAAGAAUCCAAACUAAUCAAAUCUGGCCGCUCCUCUCAUGAAGAAAAAAAGGUGGGCAAGGCGCAGGAUGAGAAAAAAUCUAGGCCUCGUAGAAUGAGAGAGUUUCACAAUAUCAAGAUUAGUCAGGUUGAGUUACUUGUCACAUAUGAAGGAUCAAGAUUUGCUGUGAGUGAUUUAAGAUUGCUGAUGGAUACAUUCCAUCGUGUUGAAUUUACUAGAACCUGGCGGAGGCUAUUCUCAAAAGUUAAGAAGCACAUCAUCUGGGGAGUCCUAAAAUCAGUGACAGGAAUGCAGGGAAAGAAGUUUAAACUACAUAAUCAAAAGGAAGCUUGUGCUGCUGGUGUCCCCGAUAUUGAUCUUAAUCUCAGUGAUAGUGAUGGUGGUUCAGCUGGAAAAUCCGAACAGAAUCCUUUAUCCUGGGCUAAGCGUCCCGCUGAGGGUGCAGGUGAUGGUUUUGUCACCUCUAUAAAAGGCCUUUUCAAUUCACAGCGUCUGAAGGCCAAGGCGUUUGUGCUUCGGACAAUGAGGGGUGAAGCAGAAAAUGAGAUAACUGGUGACUGGAGUGAAAGUGAGGCAGAGUUCUCUCCUUUUGCCAGACAACUAACCAUAACAAAAGCCAAAAAGCUGAUUAGACGGCAUACAAAGAAGUUCCGUUCAAGAGGACCAAAAGGUUUAUCUUCUCAACAAAGAGAAUCACUUCCUUCGUCGCCAAGAGAGACCACCCCAUUUGAAAGUGAUUCAUCAAGUGAAUCUUCGCCUUAUGAGGAUUUCCAUGAGUAAAUGAGCCUGAAGACAUUGAAAGGAUGUGUUUUAUGGGAUCCAAAGUGGACUGGAGCAAUCCUUGGUUAUAUACAACAGUCUGCUAGAUAUCAAUUCCAAUUGAUUAGGAUUUGGUGACAUCCCUGUCUCCUACUUGGACAGUAAGAGAUGCUCACUUGUUGUCCAAAAUAAGGACAGGUGAGAAUUGCGAGAACAUGCGGAAAGAAGUCUACAAUUAAUAACAUUUCAUUGCCUUCCUAGAGCUCUGGACUCAUCCUGGAAACCAAGAAAAGGUGAGUCCCUUUUGUUGCAGUCGAUUCGUUUCUUCUUUAACCCUGUAUUUAUUGUAUCACCCAACACAAACGACAUUAGGACUUGUAAGAGUCCAUAAGUUUUGUAACUAAAUACCGAUCUUUAGCAAGAGAGAAAAGGUUUAUAGUUGCUACUAUAUGUACAGUAGACAGAAUAGAAUGCAUUGUAACCGUGGAGAUCAAAUGGAAAUGAAAGUCCCAACUCUUCAGUCUCA